AUGGCAACUCUUAACGUGUCCUUUGUGGUACAUCUUCUGUGUAUAAUUGCUUUUUACCCGGUUGUGUAUGCUAAAUGCAGUCACCGGAAAGUGCAAAUAUAUUAUCUUUCUCAAACUCGCCAGACCCUCAAUGAUCUUGCCGAGGAGAGGUUACCAAGAAGCUGUAUCCCAGAUGCUGAAAGGUUAAGGGUCCAACGUCCAACGCUUCCAAUAGAGGAUGGGGAAAAGGUUUGGACACUGAGACUUGCGUUUCAACUAGCCAGCGAGCUCUUCCAACAAAACCUAACUCUUGUGAAAUGGAACUCCGUCAAACUCAGGGACCUUCAAGACCUUCUUGCGCGACAAAAUAUGACCUAUUCGGAAUGUGUGAGAGACAUGAGUGUGCAUCUAAACCUUCCAAUUAAGAACUACUUCAAAGAGCUGGAAGACUUUAUUUUACAUGAGCGUUUCAGCGCGUGCUCAUGGGAGGUCGUGAGAGCUGAAAUGGGGAGCAUCAUUUCACAAGCAAUCAAAAAUGCCAAGAAAUACGUGUGAGAGUAGCAUUACUUUUAGUUCAAAUCUGCAUUAAAAUGUAAUUUUGUUGAAUAUAUUAAGUGUGCCACUGUAACCUUUAUAUAUUUAUG